AAGGGUAGGGGAAGCGGGCGGGGUGGGCGAGGGCGGUGGAGGGGCGUGGGUGGGUGUGGGCGGCCAGUGUGGCAUCAUUCACUCAGAGGAGACCUCUAUGGGGACUAGGAGAACACCUCGUGAAUCUUUGCCGAGUUGGGUGUCCGAGGUCAGGGAAGAGAAGGGCUCCAGCGUCCUGCUGAAGGAGCAGUUGCUGGACCUCAAGGAGGAGUUGGAGCAUCUAGAGGACAGGGUUAGUGCCCUCACAGUGGCAGAUGCAGAUGCUGCACAACCAGUUAAUUUCUCCAAAAUGAGGGAUAUAGAAGGCAUUUUGAUGAAAGUUGCACAGAUCAGAAAUUGCUUUAAGACACUCCAGGGCAAUGGCCAGAGGAGGUAUGGAUACCUAGAAGCACAGGAAGAAGAACUGAAAAAAGAUAUUAGGGCUCUGAGAGAGUGCCUGACUGAAGAUCGUAACUAUAUAGAGGGCACACAGUAUGUAGAUGGAGUGCGAUUUACCGAUGCUCUUUUGAAAAGUAACGUGAUACACAGUGACGAACAGGGAGAACAUGCAAUCAUAGGUGUAGUAAAUAGUACUCGGAAACGUAACCUGGUGCAGAGGAAAAUAGAUAAUGAAAUGCCACAGGCUAUGCCGCAGUUUAAGCAUCAUUGGGAAGAACGUGAUCACCAAAUCUUUGUCAAGGUUUAUCAUAAGUUCAAGGGGGAGCAGAGAAGAAAAGAAUGGACAAGAGUUUUAGCAUACAAGACAGAAUCAGAGAUUGAUGAACAUAUUGCACUCUAUGAUAAAUAUAUUCUUGAGAAAAACAAAAUGAGAGAGAAAUUAGUGCAGUGGAAGCAGGAGAGAAAAUCAAAAAGGAUAGAGGAGGAAGCAAAGGUUGCAGAGAAACAGAAGGAUAGAGAGAAGGAAUUGCAGGCAAAAAAUCAAGCAAAAGAAGAAAGGUUGAGAAGGGAAAGAGAGGAGAGAAACCAACAACUUGCUCUCUGGAAAACCUCAAGGGAAAAGAGCAAUUUGAAGGGGGAAGGUGACCUGAGUCAGGAGACGAAGGUCGAGAAAAGAGGUUUAGGAAAAGUGAAGCCUCAGUCUUAUACCAGAGAAGAAAGAAGAAUUAUAGCCAAGCAGCUUCAAGAGUAUGGCCACCAGAAGGAACUAGCAAGAACAGUAGAAAACCAGAGGAAACAGGAAGAAAUGUUACUUCAUAAGAGAUUAUAUAAUGCCAGUAGUAGGUUAAACUUUAGAAAGAAAGAUGAGGAAUACAUUAAGUACCUGAAAGAGCAGAGAGAAAAACAGAGAAAGUUGGAAGAACAACACUGCAGAAAACUUGAACAAAUAAAAUCAGGUGUGCAGGUGAACAUAGAGAGGAGUAAAGAUCGUCUUUUCCAGCUGACCCAGAGUAGGGUAGCAUAUACUUCCAGUCCUAGACAAAAAGGCACGUUUGAUACUAUAAGUGUCGAUAGUAUAUCGAAGCUUGGAACACCCACUUGGAGACAAGACCUCUGAGCUUUGUAACAAGUGAUUUGCAAGUGAAUAGUU